GGUCAAACGGGGACAGGACCGACGUCACCGACGAGAUUCGAUGCAGCCGAUCCAGCAUCUGCGCUGUCGUCACUUUGCUUACCCUCCUUCCUUGAACAAAAAGAAGGGUUGGGCCUCGCCGGCCUCGCCGGCAUCUGCUUGCCGCUUCAUCUUGCUCGCCAUGCAUUUUCUUCGCGCGCUCGGUCUUGGGUUCCUUCUGACAAGUCUUGCGGUGGCAGCGCCGGUGCUCCAUGAGCGCGACGACGAUGCAAGCUCCAGCGUCCAGACGUGCACUCUGGGACUGUAUCGAAAUCCCAGCGGAACCGCCUGUUGGCCCGGGGAGCAGAGGGAGAUACGGCUGCUCUGGCAGCAAUUCGGCGCAGAUGCUUCUCGUUAUGCCGGUGCAUUUGACGCUGUUCCCAAAGGGCGAGAGCGCAUUGCCGCAGCUGAUGCCGUGCAAUCUUGGCUCCAUGCGCAACGCUGUCCAGUCUGCGCCGCGACUUUGAAUGCGCUAUGGGUCACUCCAGAGAACCCCGCGAACGAUCAGUGCGUUUGCAAAACAGGAUAUCAGUGGCAGGAUGCUACCCACUCGGCCUGCAUCAAAUCCAGUUGA